AUGCAUCAAGAUAUCGCAUCCCGGAAUCUGCUUAUCGAUUCUUAUACUCAAAAGAUCGUUCUCUUCGACUUUGAUCGGGCUGUAUCUGGAAAUAAACAGCUAUAUGACGGUCGAGACGAUGUCACUAGUGUCGUCUUUACACUAUAUGAGCUUAUCACCAACGACCAAUCAUUUUCGGAUAUCCCCGACUCAUUUCGGAAUCUCAUUUUGAAAUCUAAAUUUGGUGCAAGAUAUCUCAGAAUGGAUUUUGAAUCGCGAGCUAGACUCCGAGGUGUCAAGAUUCCGCAAGUUUCUAACGAAUGGGUAAUAACACGAACAUCCGAUGGGGAUAUAGAACGAUAUCUCAAUGCACCAUAUCGAUUCGCAUGGCCAGACCUACCGGCAGCGCCCGAUUACUUAUACCAUUCGAGGUGGGCACAACCUGGGAUGGAAAGCCAAGCUGGCAAUGAAGAUGGGAUAGUGUUACUUUCGCUGGGAGAGGCCACCACAAUGCCAAUCUUUGAUCGAGGUCGGGCAUGGUGCGAUGUAGUUAAUCGUGGAAAUCUAGAUUCGAAGGAUGCUCAUCACAAUAAGUCAAUGUCCAGUCUUUCGUAG